AUGGCAGCAAUGACUGAUGUAUUAGAAAUGGUGGGGACCAUGUCAGAAGGGGACCGGCCGAGAAGUGGCCUGAGCCAAGCCAGCAGCACAGCUACCAUCACUUCGAUCUCCAUGGGAACAAAGCCACACUCAGCCCGGCCUGUCCGGAAGGUACACACGUUUGGAAAGAGGUCAGAUUCCAUCAAGAGAGAUCCCAACCAGCCGGUCAUCAUGCGGGGAUGGCUUCACAAAAAGGACAGUUCUGGUCUUAAGCUCUGGAAACGGCGUUGGUUUGUCCUUUCGAAUUACUGCCUCUUCUAUUAUCGAGACAGCCGAGAAGAGAUGGUCUUGGGCAGCAUCCCUCUCCCUAGCUAUGAAAUUCGCACAGCAUUCUCCAAGGAAAAGAAGAACCGGCGCUUUGUGUUCAAGGCAGAACAUCCUGGCAUGAGAACUUAUUAUUUUAGUGCUGAAACUCAGUUGGACAUGAAUAGCUGGAUCCGGGCCAUGAACCAAUCAGCUGCUGCUGAGUGCGACUAUGGAAACUAUUACCUCCAUCUGCCGCCCCUGCCCCCCAUGCCCAACCGGUCCAACCCUGGGAAAAGGACCACGCUCAACUCAAGUUACUGGUUGGCUUUGACAUCUGCCCUCACGGGGCCCCACUCUGCUUCAUCCAGUUACCUCCAUCUGCCGCCCCUGCCCCCCAUGCCCAACCGGUCCAACCCUGGGAAAAGGACCACGUACCGAAGUCUGGUGCGGGAGAGGAGCAUCCGUGGUGCUGGCGGGCAGCAAUUCGAAAGUGACACUGACGCUCUCUUGACAAAACUGUGCGGCCAAGACAAAAUUCUCCGUGGCCUGGAAGAGGAGAUAAGCCAGUUCCGGACUGAAAAGGAACGGCUUGAAAAGGCCUUGGAGGUGACGCGCCUGCAGCUUGAGGAGUUCAAAGGCCAGGAUGCAACGAUGGAGAAAAUCUGCUGCCAGCGGCGGCAGCUGCAGGAUGACCUGGUGCAAGUCCGAGCGCGCCUGUGUGAUCUGGCACUGGACAGUGACCGAGCUUGGGAGGAUUAUUCAGGCUUGGAAAGCGAGCUGCAGUUGCUGAAGGGCUCCUUGGAGCACAUCCGGAAUGUGGGGCACCCCCAGGACCAAGCGUCUGCUCAGCAAGAUUUGUGGAGAAUCCAUGACAUCCUGGCUGGUCUGAAGGCCAGUCUGGCAAACUAUCCCACCACGGAAAGCAGAAGAACAGGGGCGUCUCCAGCCUCAACUCCGACUCUGGAUUCUCACCUGGGAGUGAACCACAGUCCCAUGCUGCCCUGCUCUGGAGAAGAGAAGGAAUCCGAAACUGCUCCUUCUCCGGGGCCCUCCCUUUGCUACCAUGAAGCCGCAUCUAGCCAUGUGUCAGUCACGCAGGAGCCUGGCAGGACCGUGGGCCAAUCAGAAAGCAGGCAGCAGGACAGUCCCAGUGCGGGACAACAGCCUAAUCCAUCUUCUUCCAGCAGAGGGCAGCAGGGGGCACCACGGCAUUCCGAUGGGAUCCGGCGGUGUCUGAUCGAUUCCUCCGGUGAACCCCUGAUCAUUGAGAAAAGUAUUCCCGUGAGGGAAGCAGAAGGUUCAGACCGUGGAAACUACAGCAACCUACUCUGUGAAGACGGCAGUCGCAGCAGAGCCAAGGUGGUCUCCCCCGAUACAACUGCCCCUCGUCGUUCCCGCAUGAGUGCCCAGGAACAGCUCGACAGGAUGCAAAGGAACCAAGAAGCUCAAAGGAAAUCAGAAGCCACACAGCUCAGCCCUCCGAGUCACUGGCGAGACUCCCUCAAGCGUGGGUCUAGCCGGCCCCUCCCCAAUACCCCCCCUGAGUCAUCACCCAAAGAGGGCGUUCAAAAUGUGGGACCCAAGCCUCGAUGCCCCCCAACCCCCGAGUGGGAGCGACAGAGAGUAAUCCAGCUUUCCUACGCGUUGGCAGCGGAGGCUUCGCAGCGAGGGAAACACAUGACAGGAAAGACCAGUUCUCGCUCCUCCUUAGACAAGAUCUCCGGGUCACGUGAUAGUCUGGAGCAUCAUCACCUCCCCAGUGACAGUAACUCUGAUGAACUAGAGCUCAGCAGUGUGGCAUCCAAGCACAACCAGACAAACCCUCAGAAACUAAGCUGUCGUGGAGACUCCAGAGCAGCAAAUCACACACUGCCUUCAUCCCAGACACCCAAUCACGUGUCAUGUGCCUCGGAAGCUUCCAAUUGGUCAUCACCUCUCUCAGAGGAGACCAAUCAGGCGUCAUCACAGCCCAAGGUUCCGAAGUCUACAUUGCACCGCCUAGAAUCAACCAAUGAGGAGCCGUCUCGAAAGAGUCCACCUUGGGUGGCGCCAUUGCCUCCAUCAGCCAAUCAGAACUUCUCUGUCUCCAGAACAACCAAUUGGGAUUCACCUCCGUUUUGGGACUGUGAAAUGUGGGCAUCUGAACAAAGCCCUGUAGGUAAUCAGGGUCCAAGCAAUGGGAGGUGUCUUGGGUGGAGAGGUGAGAAGAAGUCCCAUCAGGUGGUAUACAUUCAUGACACUGCACAACCUAUCAAGGUCACACUGGUGAAAUCCAGUUUUUAGCUCCAAUGGGUGGAUGGUGGGAAUAUAGAAAUGGGCCCUGACACCUCUGGCAUCUUUCCCACGGGAAAGGAACAGGUACAGUGCCCAUAGAGCUGCCCAUCUCAGAGAGCACUCCAAAGGGUUCACCAGCUGGUAGCCAUGCUUUAAAGCUCUUGGUUUAAAUCCCAAGGAUCCGGCUACAGUCUCAGAAACCCCGUGACGUUCUCAUAUACGCCAGUGCUCACGUUCAAGCACAUGCGCGCACGCCCCCCCCUUUAUUAAUGAAUGUGCAUUUAUCCGCAAGGACACCACCGCACGCCACACUAGCCUACUGCUUUCAUACUAAUUUGCACACCCAAGUUUAGAGCCAUGUUUUGCUGGGCACAGAGCUUCCGUGCAGCCCUCAUUGUGUUCACACUCCCCUCCAAGAUUUCCCAGCAGUGGAAGGACUGGGAAUCCCACCCCUGGAUCCCAGCAAUAGCUCACUGCCUGCUACUCUGUUAUUCCUGUUUCUUCCAGAUGGGGGAAAGGAAGCCCCAGGCCACGUGGAGGGGACGCUCUGGUCACUUGUCCCCUUCUGAUGACGAGCAUUUAGGCCUUGGCAGGGCUCUUUUUGUAGAAAAAGCCCAGCAGGAACUCAUUAGCAUAAUAGGC